UUUUCUAUAUUUGUUUCAUGUUAUUUGGACAUUCUGUUUUUGUUCAACGUUAAUGGACAUCACCUUGAUAUCUCCGAACUGCUACGUGGUCUCUUCAUGCACCCUGUGUAAUGACACAUCAAAAAAACAGAAACAACAAAAGCAAAAACAAAAACACAUUCAUCAGAACACAAAACCCAAACUCUCAUUCCCAAUAUCAUCUCCAACCCCACUUCUAAUCAAACAAAAACCCCAUCCCCAGACAAAACUCCAAGCCCUCAACUCCGUCAUUGACGAACUCGAAUCAUCAGUUGAGAAAGGCAUAAAACUCGAUGCUCAAAUCUUCUCUUCUCUCUUGGAGACAUGCUUUCAGUUACAGGCCAUCGAUCAUGGUUUUCGGAUUCACCGCCUUAUACCCGAAAAGCUUUUGCGCAAAAAUGUCGGGCUCUCAUCGAAGCUCCUAAGGCUCUAUGCGUCUGGUGGGCACAUCGAAAAGGCCCACCAUGUGUUCGAUCAAAUGUCUAAGCGAAACGCCUCCGCGUUCCCUUGGAAUUCGCUUAUCUCAGGGUAUGCUGAACUGGGUCAAUAUGAAGAUGCACUGGCUCUUUACUUUCAAAUGGAGGAAGAGGGGGUUGAGCCGGACCGGUUUACCUUUCCCCGAGUAUUGAAAGCAUGUAGUGGAAUUGGGUCGAUACAAAUUGGCGAGGACGCUCAUCGGCAAAUAGUUCGUUGUGGGUAUUGGGAUGAUGGGUUUGUGCUCAAUGCUCUUGUUGAUAUGUAUGCGAAGUGUGGUGACAUUGUUAAGGCUCGAAGGGUGUUCAAUAAAAUAGCAUUUCGGGACUUGGUUUCCUGGAAUUCGAUGCUCACGGGUUAUAUUCAUCACGGGCUUUUGGCAGAGGCAUUGGAUAUCUUUCGUCAAAUGAUACACAAUGAAUGUGAGCCAGACUCAGUUGGUGUGUCCACAAUUCUCACCGGUGUGCCUUCGCUGAAAAUUGGAGCCCAAGUUCAUGGAUGGGUACUUAGGCGAGGAAUUGAAUGGGAUGUGUCAGUGGCUAAUUCUUUGAUAGUUCUAUACUCUAAUCAUUGCAAAUUGGAGCGAGCAAGUUGGUUGUUUGAGAAAAUGCCCGAAAGAGAUGUCGUAUCGUGGAAUUCAAUAAUUUCAGCUCACUGCAAAGACCCAGAAGCUCUAAUUUAUUUCAGCAGAAUGGAAAGUGUUGGUGCUUUGCCAGACAGCAUCACAUUUGUGUCUUUGCUGUCAGCCUGUGCUCAUUUAGGUUUGGUUAAGGAUGGAGAAAGGUUAUUUUUGUUGAUGAGAGAGAGGUACGGAGUAAGCCCGCUCAUGGAACACUAUGCUUGUAUGGUGAAUCUUUUAAGAGCGGGGUUGAUUGAUGAGGCUUAUGAAAUUGCAGUGAAUGGGAUGGAGUUUGAGGCUGGUCCAACGGUAUGGGGAGCGUUGCUAUACACAUGUUACCUUCAUUGCAAUGUAGAUAUUGGUGAGGUGGCUGCGCAUCAUCUUUUUGAGUUGGAGCCGGAUAAUGAACAUAAUUUUGAGCUCUUGAUGAAGAUCUAUGGCAAUGCAAGAAGAUCUGAGGAUGUAGAGAGAGUGAGGAUAAUGAUGGUGGAAAGAGGGUUGGAUUCAUAGGAUAAUUUUAAGCUUUUGAGGAAAUAGUUCCAUGGUGUUCUCAUUGCGGUGUUUGGGAUCUAAGAAAACUAAUGUAAAAAAAAGAAUUGUAUGGUUGGUUCUUCAAUAUAAUAAAACUUCAUUUAUUCUUCAAUAUAACAGAAGUUCAUUGUUUCCAGGCUUCAA